GAAAACGAAAUCGUUGAAAAGGAAUUUAAAUUAUUGAACGAUGAUUCAAAUAUUUAUAAAUUGAUUGGUCCUGUACUGGUCAAACAAGAAAAAUCAGAGGCUACCUUAAACGUUUCAAAACGGCUGGAAUAUAUUAGAUCUGAAAUGUUUGUUUCCUUCCUUCUUUCUCUUUAUUGCUGUGGUGAUAAGUUGACAACGCGUGAUUUGACAAAACGCGUGGAAUCUCAAAUCAAAGAUUUAACUGAAAAAUUAGAGAAAAAGAAACUUGAAGUUGUUGAAAUUCAGGGACAAUAUUCAUUAAGCUUGCAAAAAUCCGAAGCAGCCACCCAGUAG